CAUAAUGCGGCUUCGGGAACUACCACUGCCAGUACAAUCUGCGUCUCCCAGUUCUUCACCCCCAAAUCCAAGCUCAUGUAUUGAAAUUACGCCAAGUCGUCCUCCUCACGUUCUCCACCUUCCGAUUCAGCGUUGCCAGGACGGGUCGGAAAGGUUAUUAGGGUACUCGUCUCCAGUAUUUCUCGUUCCUGUUCUUCCGCUGCGGCUUAUUCUUCUUCCGCCAGGCUGCGGCCUUGCAGCGGCAGUGUUCUCGCAUUGUGAGAUUGAGCUCUGGGCUGAUCCGUAAUCUGGUACGCCUCCGUGCUUGGAGAUACGUCUUUCGUUGAAGGUUGAAUCUUGAUGAGUUUCUAGGGCAAAAGCUUGAAUCUUUGUGGGAUAAUCUGUCCCAUUAAUCUGGUAUCGUCCAGAAAUGGUCGGAUUUUUCUUCCGGGUUGUAGGUUGUGCCAAUGGGCGUUCACUUUUUAGGGCGGAAAUCAGGUUUCUGAAAGGACAGGAAUUUUAAGUGCUCAUAAUUAGUGGAAUCAUUUGACAGUCCUCUAAAAUCUGUGUCUUUUCAAUUGGUUUGGAGGACUGCAUUGGUGUAGCAGUUCAUCGAUUGUGGUUCGUGGAGAUGUGAAGGAAUUCUAUCUUGGAUUUGGAGAGUUCUCGGCGAUUGAAGCCCUGGGAAAUGGUGGCUCUGUGAUGCAGGUGAUCUUGCGAGCUUUCUUGAAGGAGACUGGUGGCUGCGAGGGCUAUCCAGUGGAAGCAAAAGAUGGAAUUUUUCUACUACACAUCGCCGCCACCGCCGCCACGAGAUGCCCUCUCAUCACCACCAUCUCUUCGAAGUGGGUAUCACAGCCCCCCUUUGCCGGCUCCUUCUUCCAGAGCGGAUCCACCUUCAUCCCCUCCCCUCUCACCACCGUCUCCAGCUUCAUCCCCACCAGCUUCUCAACUACCGAGUGCUCCACUUGAAGGCCAUUCUUCACCACCAUGUCCCUCUGUGCCAACACCUCUUCCACCAGCAAUUGCUGUUCCGCCAACACUGCAGCCUUUGCCAGCUCCACCAGCUUUUUUUCCUCCUAUCACACCAAUCUAUUACCGGUCGCCACCACCGCCAUCCCUUGUUCCACCACCACCUCCUCCUCCUCCUAGUUCUUCACCACCACCUCCUCCUGUUCCAUAUAAUACCAAUCCUCCCCCGCAUGUUCGAAGCCCACCAUCACAGCCUCAUCCUCCACCUAGACACAAAGUGUCUCCCCCACCUUUGAACAAUGGCUCCACAAUGGGUACUACUGCAACUGUUGCUACAUUCGCUGUUGUUGCAGGUAUUGUAAUGCUUAGUUUUGUCGGAGCGACUGUGUGGCUUGUGAAAAAGCGUAAGAAGCCACUCCAACCUAUUAGUCACGGCGGAGAUAUCGCUGUGGCACCAUCAGUGUCUACACUUAUAUCAGAGAUAUACCCUCAUGCAAGAUCUCCACCAUAUCCUCCUGUAAGGCAUGGCUCUGAAGGAAGUUCUGGAAUCCCUUUCUCACAAUCCGAGUCGGGGUUAGGACAUACAAAAUUAUGGUUUACAUUGGACGAGCUAUCAAUGAUUACGGAUAACUUCUCACCUCAGAACCUUUUAGGUGAAGGUGGAUCUGGUUGUGUAUAUAAAGGAUACUUAAUGGAUGGAAGAGAAGUGGCUGUGAAGAAGCUUAAAGUUAGUGGGGCACAAGGAGAGCGCCAUUUCAGAGCUGAAGUUGGAACUAUCAGUCGUGCACACCAUCGCCAUUUGGUUUCUCUUGUAGGAUACUGUGUAUCAGAGAAUCAGAGAUUGCUCGUCUAUGAUUAUGUGCCCAAUAGAACUCUUUAUUACCAUCUCCAUGGAAAAGGAAGAGCAGUAAUGCAAUGGACCAAGAGGGUUAAGGUCGCUGUUGGGACAGCUCGUGGAAUAGCAUACCUUCAUGAGGAUUGUAAUCCUCGGAUAAUUCACAGAGAUAUCAAGUCCUCAAACAUUUUAUUAGAUUACAACUUUGAGGCUAAGGUUUCUGAUUUCGGGCUUGCAAGGUCAGCCAUGGAUGGAAACUCACACGUGUCCACACGUGUAAUGGGAACUUUUGGAUACUUGGCUCCGGAGUAUGCAACUAGUGGAAAGUUAACUGCUAAGUCUGAUGUAUAUUCAUUUGGGGUGGUUCUUUUGGAACUUAUUACAGGACGGAAGCCUGUUGAUUUGUCUCAACCUUUGGGAGACGAGUGUCUUGCUGAAUGGGCUCGACCGUUGCUCAUCCAAGCUCUUGAAAAUGGAGAUUUUAGACGCCUACCAGAUCCAAGGCUCAGCGGGAACUAUGACUACGACGAGAUGCUUCAGAUCAUUGAGGUAGCAGCUGCUUGCAUUCGGCAUUCUUCUACCAUGAGGCCUCGGAUGAGUCAGGUGGUGAGAGCUCUCGAUAACUUGACUGAUCUAGACAUAAACAAUGGUGUGCCACCAGGCCACAGUGAAAGCUUUGAUUCACCAAAAUCUGAAGAAAUCAGAAUGUUUCAGAGAAUGGGAUUUGGCAGCGAAGAAGAAGAAUAAGACUACAGCGAGCAUACUCGAACAAGGUAAAACCAAUCGAGGUGAAUCGAACGGUACACAUUUUUUCCCCCAGUCAUUUUCUAUACAUCUGUUAAAUUCUUGAUGUAAUUACUUCCACAAUAAUGCGAUUCAGAUAGUGAAAAUGAUCUCACUAUAUUUUCUCCCCCAGUCAUUUUCUAUACAUCUGUUAAAUUCUUGUGUAAUUACUUCCCCAAUGUGACAGCUUUGAAGCUUUGAAUAAAAUCCAAAUUUAAGAGCCAAA